AGGUAAAACUGCCACAGGCAGAGGGGUUCGGCUCCACGGAGUUCUGUUUGAUUCAGGAGAGUCGGUUCUGUGCUGCCGUGGGACCCUUCAGCUCUAGACUGGUAGAUGACAGCAGGUGAUCAGUUAGUUAGCAGUCCCGUCUGCUUUUGAGGACAGCUAGUGCACAUGUGAGACUUGGCUGCUUUUCCAUUGCUGCUUCAACAGCCACUUACCUCAGUAUCCAGCAAAGAGAAUUCUGACAUCUUCAUUUUAAUGUGGGCAUUUGAUCCAGUGCUUCUGAUAAAUAUAACUCUGUGUAGUACGAAGAAGGUUUAAUGGGAAAUGGUUGGCAUUCUUUCUGGGCAAAGGCAUGAGAGAGGGAGGGGAGGCCGGGAGAGGGAGAGAGAGAACACAAACAGCUUUGGAGACAGAGCAGAGAUAAGCAAGGCUCCGCAGCAGCCCAGCCUCCCGGACUUGACACUUGCCAGAUCUGGCCAGCAUGGUUGUCCUGAAUCCGAUGACUCUGGGAAUUUAUCUUCAGCUUUUCUUCCGCUCUGUUUUGUCUCAGCCGACUUUUAUCAACAGCGUCCUCCCGAUCCCAGCAGCCCUUCCUGGCCUGGAUCAGAAGAAGCGUGGUGGCCACAAGACAUGCUGUCUCCUGACCCCCCCUCCACCCCCGCUCUUCCCUCCACCAUUCUUCCGCGGAGACCGAAGUCCGCUUCUCUCCCCAGAUGUGAAGAAUCUCCUCCUGGACCUGGAGACCUCACAGUCCCCGUGCCCGCGAGGCUCGCUCGGCUCCCCUGGGCCACCCGGCCCCCAGGGUCCACCGGGGCUUCCUGGAAAGACAGGACCAAAGGGAGAAAAGGGAGAGCUUGGCCGGCCAGGAAGGAAGGGUAGACCUGGCCCCCCAGGUGUUCCGGGCAUGCCUGGGCCCAUUGGCUGGCCGGGCCCUGAAGGACCCAGGGGUGAAAAAGGCGACCUGGGUAUGAUGGGCUUGCCAGGGUCAAGAGGACCAAUGGGCUCGAAGGGCUAUCCUGGAUCCAAAGGAGAAAAGGGAUUGAGAGGUGAAAGGGGUGACUUGGGCCCCAAAGGUGAAAAGGGUUUCCCAGGAUUUCCUGGAAUGCUGGGGCAGAAAGGUGAAAUGGGCCCAAAGGGUGAGCCUGGGAUAGCAGGACAUCGAGGACCCACAGGAAGACCAGGAAAGCGAGGAAAGCAGGGACAGAAGGGAGAUAGUGGAGUUGUGGGCCCUCCUGGCAAGCCUGGGCCUUCUGGUCAACCUGGCCGUCCAGGCCCUCCGGGACCCCCAGGGCCCCCAUCUGCAGGACAUCUUGUGAUGGGACUCAAAGGGGAAAGAGGACUUCCCGGGCCUCCAGGAAGAUGCCUCUGUGGAUCCCCUAGGAAUGUGAACAACCCUUCCUCUGGGGAAUCCGUGUACGGGCCCAGUUCCCCAAGAGUUCCUGUGAUUUUCGUGGUCAACAACCAGGAGGAGCUUGAAAGGCUGAACACCCACAAUGCCAUUGCCUUCCGCAAAGACCAGCGAUCUUUGUACUUCAAGGACAGUCUUGGCUGGCUCCCCAUCCAGCUGACCCCUUUCUACCCUGUGGAUUACACUGUAGACCAGCGUGGCACCUGUGGGGAUGGGGUCCUGCAGCCCGGGGAGGAGUGUGACGACGGGAACCAUGAUGCGGGCGACGACUGUGUCAGCUGUCGUCGGGCCUACUGUGGAGAUGGUCACCGGCAUGCAGGCGUGGAGGACUGUGAUGGCUCUGACUUUGGCUACCUGACGUGUGAGACCUAUCUACCCGGGUCCUACGGAGACCUGCGGUGCACCCAGUACUGCUACAUCGACUCCACACCCUGCCGCUACUUCACUUGAGGACCUGAGGAGCAGGCUGUGUAGCUGACAGCCGCUUCCCACCCUCCUCAAGCUGGCCUUGCAUUUUCCUGGGCCAGUGUUAUCCACCAACCUGUGUGUGAACAAAAUGAGGACAAGCUCUUGCUGCUGAGUCGUGCUUUUGACGGUCUGACUGGAAGAAUUUAGGACCACUGUGUCCUGUCUGGAUCCAAAAUACUGAGUAACCUUCCACAUGUCCACCCUGGAAACUAACUGUUCCCUGUCUUUACCAUCUGGCCACGUGUCCUUUUUCUUCUGGAAUGUCACUGUAACAGGCCACGGACUUGGCUUUGCACUGUUACAUACCCGCCCUGCAGGGCUGUUUUCUUUUGCUCCAGUUUCCCCCAGAAGCCUGGGGUACAGACUUUUCUGCCUGAGGGACUUCUAGACACAUCCAUUCUCACCAGGGCAGCCUGCUUGCAGGGCUUUGCAGGCCUGAAGACCACAAGGCAGAAAGGUGGACACAUUCUCUCCAUGUGGCCGGCAGCUUUGGACUUGCUGUGGGAGUUCAACUGCCACACCAUGUGGAUGUGGUUCCCCAGGAAGACUCAACUGUGAAAAAAGUACUGAGAGCCACAAGACCUGUGCUCCCCAGCAAAGGGCGGAGGCCCUGCUGACCUGCGUUCUGUGUGAACAGUGCCAGGGCAAUGGCCUGCCUCUCUUGACAUCUCCCAAAGGGACAACUCGGAGUGUCUAAAGCUCUGGCACCAUCUUAACCUUGCAGCUGCCUAUGCACAUUGACCUCUGUCUGGCCAGUGUCCUUCAUGACCACUUCCUGUUUAGGAGUCUCACUCCACAAGUCCACACCGGGUGGGCAUGGGAGUCUCCUUGUCUCUAGGGAGAUACGGUCUUGGUUUUCCCUGUCUGGGGUCCCAUUGAGCAUACUCUCACAGAGACUGUUUCUGUCCUGGCCCCCAUCAUGCUUCUUGCCAACUCUUGUAAGUACCCUGUGACCUUCCCUCUGUGUCUGUGUCUCCCAGCUGCGUGCCUGAGCUCUUCCCUUCCCUACAGGGGUCUGCGAGCUGCCUUUCAUCACCACCUUUCCUGACUGGAGCUUGGCUUGAUUUGGCAAUGACUUCUCCAGGAUUUUCCCAGUAGUAACUAGAUGGAGGACCCUCACCUGCCCUCCUGGCUUUGCGCAGAGCUGUUCAAGGAGCCUGAGUCUUUAAGACUCAGCAGGCAGGAGCUUCUGGUCCAUUAGCUCAUCUAGGGUGACUCAGAGGUGAACCUUGUAUCCCAGAGGUCACAUCAGCCGAGGAUGGUGUCUUUGAGGCAGACGCAUUGGUCAGCUAGUCCCCUUGGCCUCUAGGCAAUGUCUCGAGGAUACGAUGCUUCCACCACCAUGCUGGGACUUCUGGAUGGGAAAUCAAGAAAUAAAGGCAAUUCCUCAUU